UACGCCUAUUCACUGCGCGUGAACCGUGCAUAAUAUGGACCCGUGGUGUAAAGAAGGCGCCGUUCUGGACAUGCCGUGACGUGGACCUGGCCAAACCUACCAAUGAUUCAAGGCUGUAUUCUGCUGGGACUGAUCGCGAUGAGCGGGUGUCGGAGUUUUACCAGGCAAAGGCACAUCCACAGCAGAACGCGUCAAUUAGGGGGAUGCGGCAUCGGUACGCGGGGGCUGUCCAUCAGCAACUUACACCAAACGAAGAGCGAGAUAGCGCGCAGAACCGAGACCCUAACCCAGUCUACAGCCUGCCACCCCCACCCUCGUCUCAUAGAGAACGCUCCAGCACUGCCACGAACCGCCAGAACCACCAGGAGCUGCCGUGUGUGAGCCAGCCUUCACGGAGAGGUAUCACUGCUUGUCCGCCGCAACACGGCGACCCGCUGCCUCUCGCGAGCUACAACAUCCCCGAGCGACCUUCACAGCAGAGCGGCAGAUCCGCCGGGCAGCACCCACACCUGCAACAGAACCUUUGGGCCGCAACCAGCUCUCAGCCGUCGCAGCCUGUUUUUCAGAGCUGCCACUGCAGUUUUUCCGAGGAAGCCAGCGUUUCUCUUCAGCGCCAUCCCCUCACUCUUCUCCCGCCGCAGCCCUCCCCAUCUUUGCCUCCGCCGCCGUCGACCUCUCUGCUGUUUUUGCAGGAAUCGAACAGCGGGGAUCAUUUCCAAAGCAGUGCCAAUUACCAACAGGCGAACAUCGUGGAACACUGCAGGGGAGGAGGAGGAGGUGGCGGGCACCGCGACCAGAGGCAGCAGCAGAGUCAUUUUAGACUUCAGCACGGGGACCCCUCCCCCGAGGCGAGCCCUGCUAACUGGCAGAAAGGGCGCGCUAUAAAUGCAUGUGAGUCAACCCCGGCUAAUCUCCGCGCAUUCGAGUCCCAGCCCGUGGACCCGCUGCAGCAGCAACACCUUCCUCAGCUACGAGCGCAGCAGCUGCAGCUCGUGGGAAGCAGCUUGCCGAUCAGCUCCUGCGCCAGCGGCUCCGGGGAGCCAUGUAGGAGCAGCCUGGCUCCAGCGCUGCAGCAGCAGCAGCAGCAGCAGCAGCACACCUCACCGGGGAUAUGUCCUCCGCGCCCGCCGCACUGUGAGCAACAAGAGCGCAUUAAGCCGGGGAGCACGAGCCAGCCUCUCUCAGCCGACCCCCGUCUGAAGACGCGGGCGUACGCGGCGAGCUUGUCUGCGACGUGCAGCAGCGGCAGCAGCCCCAACUACGGCUCCGGUUAUCACUUGUGGCCGGAGAGCCCACAUAAAGGCGAGGAAAGGAUCCGCAUCGACCACCAUAAGGGUGCUCCUGAGCAGCAGAAGAGCCAUGCGGGGUCCCAGCCCUCCCUGUCCCAGAGCAGUGGCCGCAUCCCCCAGAUAGCCAUGAACACCUGUAAGUACAAUGGCGGCGUGGUGAGACCCCUGGGGAGCGUGGCGUCUUCCGGGCGCCACCUGGCUGAGCUGGACGCCGAGACACAGCCCCUGCAGACACUGCACAGCUCCGGCCUGGAGGUGGUGAUCUCCAAGGGCAACGGUGAGGACCCCAGCAAGGCAUCCAAUGAGAGCCUGGUCAGGGAGGGGGGCGGGGCCCCCCAGAAGAAGAACAAGGACAUUGGCUACAAGCUGGGACACCGGAGGGCGCUGUUUGAGAAGCGCAAGAGACUGAGCGACUACGCGCUUAUCUUCGGGAUGUUCGGGAUUGUCGUCAUGGUAACAGAGACUGAGCUGUCCUGGGGGGUUUAUACUAAGGAAUCUUCGUACUCAUUUGCACUGAAAUGCCUUAUCAGUCUUUCCACUGUUAUACUGCUUGGUCUUAUAAUAAUGUACCACGCCCGGGAGAUACAGUUGUUCAUGGUGGACAAUGGAGCAGAUGACUGGCGUAUCGCCAUGACGUACGAGCGAAUCUUCUUCAUUGUGCUGGAGCUGCUGGUGUGUGCCAUCCACCCCAUCCCUGGCCAGUAUGUGUUCACCUGGACGGCCCGCCUGGCCUUCACCUACACCCCUUCCGUGGCAGACGCAGACGUGGACAUCAUCCUCUCCAUCCCCAUGUUCCUGCGGCUGUACCUGAUUGGCAGGGUCAUGCUGCUGCACAGCAAACUGUUCACCGACGCCUCAUCGCGCAGCAUCGGGGCGCUCAACAAGAUUAACUUCAACACACGCUUCGUGAUGAAGACGCUGAUGACCAUCUGCCCUGGGACGGUGCUCCUGGUGUUCUCCAUCUCCUCCUGGAUCAUCGCUGCCUGGACCGUCCGUGUCUGUGAGAGGUAUCAUGACAAGCAGGAGGUGACCAGUAACUUCCUGGGAGCCAUGUGGCUCAUCUCCAUCACCUUCCUGUCCAUCGGCUACGGAGACAUGGUCCCUCACACGUACUGUGGCAAAGGGGUGUGUCUACUGACCGGCAUCAUGGGAGCUGGAUGUACAGCCCUGGUGGUUGCCGUGGUAGCCAGGAAGCUGGAGCUGACCAAGGCUGAGAAGCAUGUGCACAACUUCAUGAUGGACACACAGCUCUGCAAACGAGUCAAGAACACAGCUGCCAAUGUACUCAGGGAAACUUGGCUUAUAUACAAACACACCAAACUGGUAAAGAAGAUCGACCACGCCAAGGUGCGAAAACAUCAACGCAAGUUCCUCCAGGCUAUCCACCAACUGCGCAGUGUGAAGAUGGAGCAGAGGAAGCUGAAUGACCAGGCCAACACUUUGGUAGACCUGGCUAAGACCCAGAAUGUGAUGUAUGAUCUGGUGUCCGAGCUCCAGGAGAGGAGUGAGGAGCUGGACAAGCGCAUCGGCACCCUGGAGGACAAGCUGGACUCUGUGACAGGCAGCCUGCAAGCUCUGCCCUGCCUGAUCUCCCAGGCCGUCUCCCAGCAGCAGCAGGACUUCCUGGACAGCUUCCUGCACCGCUUCCGGCCCGCCUCGCUGGGUUCCGAGCGCUCCGAGCGCUCCUGGACCUCCACGGCCCGCCGGCGACGGUCCCCCUCCACUGCUCCUCACACCUCCUCCGACAGUGGCUAGCCCCCCCUCCCCCUCCACCGCCACCUCACACCUCCUCCGACAGCGGCUAGACCCCCCCCAUCAUCUCUCCCACCACCCCUGUGACUCUGCCUUUGGAGCUUCUCACCAUAUGACCUCUGACCCCUGCCACCUUGCCCCCCGAUGGACCCUGGGUGGAGCAGGAGGCACAGCUAACAAGGACACCUAGUCAUCCUAGAGUGACUGAUUUAAAAUGACUUAAACUGAGAUAAGUUGAGAUAUGGUUUAUGUUUUGGCCAUUGUAUGGCUGUCCAAGUUAGCUUUUUUUGUAAAAGCCCUUGUAUAGUUCUGUGAUUUCAGUCUGGAGAAAGUACGAACAUCACAUUUGGGGACACUUAAUGCGGUGGAGGAAGAUAGAGAGAUAGAGGUAACGUAGAGAUCGAGUGAAAGAAGAAGGGGCAAGAAAAGAAAGAUACCAGUACAGAAGGAGGCAAGCAGCUGGGCGUGGACAUGAGGGAUACAGAUGAAGAGAGAGGAUGGAAGAUGGAGAUAAAGAUAGAGAGAGAGGCGGGAAAGGAAGGAAGAUGGAGAGAAAGCUGGGGAAUCAGGGCCAGAGGAGAGAGUAGGAGCUGGAAGGACAUAAAUAGAUAGUGAUGGAGUGAGAGAUUAUGGAGGGAGAGAGAGAGAGGUGAUGGAGAGAGAAAGAUAGGAUGGAGGGAGAGAAAGAGAGGUAUUGAGGGACAAAUAGGAAGGGUGGUGUGGUUGGAUAGAUUACACCUGAUUCUGCGCUGGAGUCCUUUUUUACAGGACUGGUGUGACAGUGUGUGUCCCCAUAUUCAAGGUUUCAAAAUGGCCACAAAGAACUCAGCUGUCCUUUGAGUUGAGAAAUCCACUUCAGGGAGAUGGUGAGGCAGGGUUAGGGUCAGUCAGGGAGGGAGGGAGGGAGGGAGGGAGGAGGAGGGAAGGAGGAGGGGAGGGCACACUAUGGAGGGACAAGGGGGUGCACAUGACAUUACUACUGAGUAGGAAUUAACACUAAUGCCAACUUAAAGUUUCAGUUUCCCUGUUCUUACCAAGGGAACAAUGAGAGCAACUAUCUUUUUUAGUUACAUAAUGACAUGUGAUUUUUCAGUGCCUGAAUGUAUAAAUAGUAGAGGGUUAUUUAAUGACUAAUUUCAGAGCAAGUUUUUUACGAUGUUAACACUCUGAAUAAGAGCAUUGCAUUCCUUUUUCAGAUACAUUCCUCCAAAAUUUCAAAGAAAAUGUCUUAAUGUAAUGCAUAACAUUGCCUCCAUGACAGAGUAUCUCUAUUAAUAUCUUCAAACUUUCUUUGUCUUUUUCUAUUUAUACCAACCACAAAAAAUACUGAAAUCAGAGUAUAAGACUAGCAAGCGAGAUAGGAAAAAAGGAUGUGUUCACUUAAACUCUUUGUUCACACACACACACGCACACACACACGCACACACACACACACACACACACACACACACACACACACACACACACACAGACACACAGACACACACACACAGAGACACACAGCUAUGAAAUCUGUAGUCUGCCAUUCCACCACUACAAACCGGAGCUUCCACUUGUCUUCAGGUACAGGACUGGGGAGAGACACCACGAGCCUCACCCCUGCAUGGCCGGGGCACCGUGACAACAGGUUGCCGUGACAAUGGGGCACCGUGACAGCGGUGCAGUCCUCUGGAUGGCUGGAGGAGUUUACUUUUAGAUUUGAUGCUUCAUUUGUUGGUUUGUUUUUUUUGUUUUUUUUACUGACAUUUAGUUUUUUAUUAGGAACCUAGGAUUUCUAGAGUUGCUGAUCUAGAGUUGCAGUAAUGUGAUGCUGUAUGACGAUGCAUUCCCUGUUUUAAAAUUACGUGAAGAGAAUCUCUAUAAAAAAAAUGUAUCCUGGAAGAAUACAAAUAAAGAAAU